CAGUGCUCAGGCUGCCGGCUCCAUGCGCCCCGGGACCCGGCGGAGGCACCAUGAGGAGCGGCCGCAGCAGCGGGGCCAUCCCGGGCCUCCUACUGUUGCUGGUGCUGGGGACCCGUACUGGGAGAGCGCUGCCCCCCUCCGAUUGUGAGGAGAACCAGUUCCAGUGCUCGAACCAGCGAUGCAUCCCCAGCUUGUGGAGAUGUGAUGAGGAUGAUGAUUGCUCCGACAACAGUGACGAGGAGGGCUGCCCUAAAGCAACCUGCAUGGAGACAGACUUCACCUGUGACAACGGCCACUGCAUUUCAGCCCGCUGGAAAUGUGAUGGUGAAGAGGAAUGCCCCGAUGGAAGUGAUGAGUCUGAAGCCACCUGCAGUUACAUGAAGCAGACAUGUGCUGCAGAGAAGUUCAGCUGUGGAGAGUCCAGCAAUAAGUGUAUCCCAGCCACCUGGAGGUGUGAUAGUGAGAGGGACUGUGAAAAUGGUGUGGAUGAGAAGGACUGUCCUACCGGUUGCCCGCGUGGCGAGUUCCAGUGCCGCAAUAAGUUCUGUAUCUCUGCGAGUUUUGUGUGCGACGGCGUCGAUAACUGCAGUGAUGGAAGCGAUGAACAGGAUUGCGCCUUAGUCACGUGUAAAUCAGGACAGUUCCGCUGCGGGAAGGGCGUUUGCAUCCCCGAGAAGUGGCUGUGUGAUGGCCAAGCCGAUUGUGCGGACCAGUCCGAUGAAUCCGAAGAUCGCUGCGGUCUGAAAAGUCAGCCACAGGCAGUGACGCAGUGUGGCCCGCAAGAGUACAGAUGUGGCAACGGCAAGUGUAUUCACCUGAACUGGAGGUGUGACGGUGACCAGGACUGUAAAGACCACUCCGACGAGAAGGACUGCCCUUUGGUGUCCUGCCGUCCGGAUGAGUUUCAGUGUGGAGAUGGCUCCUGUGUAUAUGGGAUGUACCAGUGCAAUGGAGUCAGAGACUGCCUCGAUGGCAGCGAUGAGACGGGGUGCCGCACUGCAGUGGAAGGGCCUUGUGAUACCGAAGGAACGUUUCAGUGCAAAAGCGGGGAAUGUAUUGACAUUCGCAAAGUGUGUGACUUUCGUCAGGACUGCCGGGACUGGUCUGAUGAGCCUCUGAAGGAGUGCGGAGUCAACGAGUGUUUGAUAAAUAAUGGCGGCUGUUCGCACAUCUGCAAGGAUCUGAAGAUGGGACAUGAAUGUGACUGCCCCACAGGCUACAAGUUAAUUGACAAAAAAACUUGUGGAGAUAUUGACGAGUGUGAGAACCCUGAUGCGUGCAGCCAGAUUUGUGUCAAUUAUAAAGGAGACUAUAAAUGUGAAUGUUAUGAAGGAUUUCAGAUGGACAGUGUGUCUAAGACGUGCAAGGCAGCAGGACAGAGUCCAUAUCUGAUCUUUACCAACCGGCAUGAGCUCCGCCAAAUCGAUCUAGUCCGCAGAGAUUACUCGCGUCUCGCCUCGCAGUUAAAAAAUGUUGUAUCCCUGGAUGUAGAAGUGAUAAACAAAAAGAUUUACUGGUGUGACCUCUUCCAUCGCAAGAUUUACAGUGCCCCUCUGGAUCGUGCCUCAGACCCUGCAGAACAUGUUGUGUUGGUCAACAGCCAUCUCCACUCCCCGGAGGGUCUGGCUGUAGACUGGAUCCACAAGAACAUUUACUGGACAGAUUCUGGAAAUAAGACGAUUUCUGUCGCAACCUCCGAUGGCUGCAAACGGAAAACACUCUUUAACCAGAGCCUGGGGGACCCAAGGGCCAUUGCGGUUGAUCCUACAACAGGGUUCAUGUUCUGGUCGGACUGGGGAGACCCCGCUAAGAUAGAGAAGGCUGGCCUGAACGGGGGUGACCGACAGGUUCUGGUUUCCGAUGAAAUUGAGUGGCCCAAUGGGAUCACAUUAGAUGUGCUGACCCAUCGUUUGUAUUGGGUGGACUCGAAGCUCCAUACCCUCUCCAGCGUGGACUUCAAUGGGUCAAACAGAAAGCUGCUCAUCUUCUCCGAGGAAAAGCUCAGUCACCCCUUUGGUCUGGCAGUCUUUGAGGAUAAGGUGUUUUGGACAGAUCUGGAAAAUGAAGCCAUCUUCAGCGCCAACAGAUUGACAGGAAAAGACAUUUCUGUCCUGGCUGAGAAUCUCAACAAUCCUCAUGAUAUAGUUGUUGUUCAUCAGCUAAAGCAACCAAAAGCUGUAAAUGCCUGUAACCAAGGCCCUCUACCGAAUGGUGGGUGCGAAUACCUGUGCCUGGCGGCCCCUCAGAUUUCUGUCCAUUCUCCCAAAUACACAUGUGCCUGUGCAGACGGUGUGGAGUUGGGGCUGGAUAUGAGGAGCUGUGGGAAAGUUGCAGUGAUUACUACUACUCAAGCAACUUUACCACCACUCCUGACUGAGUCUCCUGCUACAGAGCCUAUUCCUACCACAGUUACCAAGACUACUGCAAAGCCCACCACCACCACCACCACCACCACCACGACCACUAAGAUAAUCUAUGACUCCAGCCCUACUGACAACCUCCGAACUACCUCUAAGCCCAGCCACCGAGAAAUCCACUUUACAACUACUGGGAACACCAGCGUAUACCAGCACUAUGGUAAUGCAGCUUCUGACCUCAGGUCCACGCUGACUGCUGCAGUCAUUGGAGUAGCGGUGCCAGUGGCUGUUCUUGCCCUCCUCUGCCUGUCCGGAUAUCUCAUCUGGAGGAACUGGAAGCGGAAGAAUACAAAGAGCAUGAAUUUUGAUAAUCCAGUCUACCGGAAAACGACGGAAGAGGAAGAGGAGGAGGAAGAAGAGAUUCACAUUGGUCGGACAACUCAGAUUGGGCAUGUCUAUCCAGCUCGUGUGGCGUUGAGCCUGGAAGAUGACGGUUUGCCUUGAGGAUCGAUACCAGGUCUGACACUUAUCUCAGUUGAGCGAGGAACAUCCGAAGAACUGUCACCGGCCCCGAGUCUCUCGGCAUAUGACAAGUCAACCAUAUCAUGUUAUGUGCUGCCACUGCCAGGGCCUGACGAGGCAGAUAUGUUACAAAUCCGUGAGACCUAACAGAUUGCGUCUGAUGCGUAAAAUUCCCUGGAUACCGGGAACGACAAGAUUUCAUAGAUCACAAGCGACAGGCAGCAGAGAAAUUCUUAAACCCGCUGUUAUUUAUUUUGGUGAUGGACAACCACAAAAAAAUAUAAUAAUUCAAACAUCCAAAGGAUGUAAGGGGUUUCUAUGUAUAAUCUUUUAUACAGAUUUUUACUUGACCCUCGGCCGAGGCAUGCC